AUGAGAAGAUGUGGUCCAACCCCAGCUUUGAAUAUCUUCGUCGCUUACGCUACAGCAUCAAGCUACGAAGAAGAAGUCGAAGCUUUCUAUAUGGACCUAAAGAAGUUCUGCAGAGAAGACCACACUUUCUUCAAGGUCAUCGUUGGUGAUUUUAACGCCAAGAUUGGCCCGAGAAGAACAUCUGAGGAACUUCACAUCGGGACCGGGACCCAUGGCCUACAAUGGAAUGACCAGGGGGAGAGGCUCUCCGAGUUCAUCAUGACGACUAAGAUCAUCCAUGGGAACUCGCAGUUCCAGAAGCCCUCUUCUCUACGCUGGACGUGGGAGUCACCCGGUGGAGGGUACCGUAAUGAAAUAGACCACAUCAUAGUCAAUAAAAGGUUCUGCCUGACGGACGUCGCUGUUGUGGCAAAGUUCUAUACGGGACCAUCGCCUCCUCCGAGGAAGAUUUUCCUUCACAAGGAGAGAAGAGAAAACCGCCAAGUUCAGAGAGCGAAGUCCAAAACUAUCACUAACUGGGUUCUCUUCGCUACGCUAGUCGGCUUUUGGGAAGAUUCCGCAAUGGAUAACAUCGACUAG